CAACUCGGCUUCUCUUAAAUCGAAACGUUUUCAGUAGUUCACAUUUAGUAAAAGACGAAUGAUACAGAAUGUCUCCAUUGUGAGCCUCGACGGUAUUUUGCAGAGGCUGAAUCACAACAAAGUUGAUGGGCAAAUAAGUUUUAUCCUUUGCGGGUAGCUGUUUUAUAUUUUCUAUCUCUAGUUUAUGAGCUCAGCGACAAGCGACGUAAGCCACUGCGCAAACGCACGACGCAAUCUGAAGUUCACCGGGAGUAGCUAAAAAGAUUAGAAUUGCGGGCGGAAGAAAUAAAGAAACAUUGUGCGCAUGUGCCCCCAGAUUCAAUGUCAGGCUUCUUUUUAAAGGUCAGAGCUCGUUGCUCCAAUAGUGGACUUUUUUUUUUCUUGUGGUCCGAAUUGGAUCUGUAGUUAAAACGGUUUUUGUGUGCGUGUGUGUGUGUGUUUGUGAAGAGGGAGAAAAAAAAAUAACCUCCUUGGUUUGUAAGGGGGGGGGCUUUAAUUUCAACAGUUUGGAUAGCCUGAUGAAUUUGACUUUUAACCCCUGUUGUUCUGUCCUGUUCUGUUGCUUUCACAUUGAAUUGCGGGUGGUGGUAGUGGGGAAAGUACCUUGUCUUUUGUGCAUGGUACCUCCAUGUUAACUGAGUAUUCUUUGCCUGCAGCUUAUCAAAAAGAUAGAUUUGCUCUACUUGAUUUAUCAAAGCUUUCUACAUUGGCUGCUUUGAAAGGUGCCUGCCACAGCUCUUCAAGCAGUGGGGUUGCAAAAUAAUGUCAGCUUGAGGAAAUUUAGCCUAUGAAUAUGCCUGUGCUGCCAUUUUUUAACUGUUAAGCUUUGGACUCUCCCAGAAUGCUGAGCAUAACCCGGUUAGCCCUGGGGACCAAGAUUAUAGGGUUGUCUUUGCGUGGCAAGGCCUCCCUUGCUUCCACGAUGGUGAAAUAUCGGAAGAUGCGGAAGCCAACAGAACCACAUAACUGGGCAGUGGAUUAUCAGGAGAAAUACAUCCCGUUUUCCAAGAACCAACUGGUUGAAGCCCUGGUAAAGGAGUUCCAUUCUUCUAAUCAUGAAGAACGCAACUCAUUCUUGCAGUUUGUGUCUCAGGUGGACUCAUCCCUUGUACACCGAUACUAUUCUGUUUUGGAGAAGCUACAGACACACUAUACACCUAUUGAUCCUGACCGGGACACACUGCAGGAAUUCCCUUUGACAGAUGCCGAACGGUUAAUAAAAGAACAGAAAGUUUUGGCCAUGAUGGAACCACUAUUGGAUCAGGCCAACUUCAACAAGUUGUCAGAAGAAGCACUGGCUUAUGCACUGAUUGUCAAUCACCCUCAUGAUGAAGUCCAGGUGACAGUGAAUUUGGAUCAGUACGAAUACAUCACCUUCUGGGCUCUGGGCCAACGGAUAGGACCUCUGCGAGUGAUGGCUGCAACUCGAGCCCAGAGGGCAGGCUUCUUCGGCACUGCUCGGAUUCCUGCAGACAGGCAUUACUUUAAACGAGUAAUAGUGGCUGCCCGAACCAAGAAUUCCAAUCUGGUGCUGAAAUGCUUUAAGGACAUCCCUCUGGAAGGUCUGGAGCAGCUGCUGCCCUUGGUCAAAGUCCGCACCUCCAUCUUCCACAGAGCUUUGCUCAACACCAUGCUGGUCGUGAGUGGCUUGGCUCUCUUUGUGAACGUGGGCAUGGUGGUGCUGUCUGACCUCAAGAUAGGAACCACCACUCUGCUCUUCUUCUUCGCUGCCUUGAUGGCCUUCCGGGCCUGGAAGGUCUUUGGCCAGCGGAGGAACAUCCAUUCUCUCGAACUGGUGCAUAUGCUGUACUACCGCAGCACCUCCAAUAACUCAGAGCUUUUGGAUGCCCUCACCUUGCGGGCCCAGGAGGAGCAUGCCAAGGAAGUCAUCUUGGCACACAGUUUCCUCUUACGGGGCCACCAGCAACAGCAGCAGCCCUUGCCAAAGGAGGCAGGGGUUGAAAAAGACUCCAACUCUGUUGAACACCUGAGGAAACAGGUUGAGGCUUGGCUGCGUCUACGCUCUGGGCUUGAAAUUAACUUCUGUGCCGAACGUGCCUGCAAGCAUCUCAAGGAAUUGGGAGUUAAGGGAGCAGCCCAUCCUGUCAUUGGAUAAGAGCUUCCUAGGAUUGUUUUAAUUGGUGUUUGGGGCUCUAAAUCAGCCUUGUCCCUGUGGUAUUGAGCAUGCCAGGUUUUGAAGGCGAGAGGAUGCGAACCUUAUUUUUCCAAAGCAUUAAGAGAACAGUGCCCUGUGGUGUAAUUACUUGUGCCACUUGGAUCCUUAGAAGCUAUUGGAUUUCAGCUCCUGAGAUGUGCUUCCUUUAACGCCAGAUUUUCUUCCAGAUAUCCUGUUGAAAACGUGCUGUAAUGUUAACAUUUGCAUGCUAUGAAAAUACUAUUUGGAGUACAACCUUAGACCUCAUUAUACAAAGCCAUACUGCACCUCAGAUUCUCUUCUUUGCAGAGAGGAACUUUCUUGCUUUUAAAAUAUCAGCACUUUUUAUUAGACACGCUGUGGUUUUUUUUUUUUUUUUGUUUCCUUUGAGCUGUUUAUUUUUCUUUCCCCAAGGAAUGAGUGGAAGCACUUUACAUUUGAAAUGAGCACUGUGCAAAGCAGUGAAUCUCUUUUGCAUUUAGGGCGAAAUGGGUUUUUAAUAUCAUGUGCUAGCCUGCUGGGGGCAUUUCUGAAAAAUAUAUUAAAUCACUUCUAUAGCACUUUGAAUUGCAUAGUAUACACUUAAUGCCAAGCUUGAAAGCCAUAUCGCACACUAGACUUCCUUGCUUUAAUUUUUUUUUUCCUACCAGUUUUACAAAGGUGGCAGAGGUUCAUGCUUUCCAUCCUGUGUGGUCCUGUACAAAAUAGCAGAUUCAGGUUGUUUGUAGAGAGAGAAAAAAUUCAAUAGGUAAGUUCUGAUUUACUGGAAGAAUAUCCUCUUGGUGGAGUAAUUUUUACACUAAAACACAAACAUUUGCUCUUCAAAUUUGAAGUCUGGGAAUUUGCACAUAGCUAAGGAAUUCUGUUAUGGAGGCAGUGGAUGCAUUGCUGGAAGACCAGGUCAUAAAGAGAUUGUCAUGGAGAACAUGGUGUCUGCCAGGACUCAUUGUUUAAGUGGGGUCUUGUCUCUACCCCUCAGUGUGGCUGUGGUGCUCCUUGACAAAAUAUCCUUCACAUUGUGUCCGAAUGUCCUUCAAGAGCUUACAUCGGCCCAAUGACUGAUUUUUUCAACAUAGACCACCCUGUCCUUGAAUGGCUGGGUGGACUGGACAUUAACAUUUGAACCACUAUAAGUCCAUGCAUUUGCCAUACACUAACUAAAUAAAUGUCAUGGAGAAAAUAUAUGUGGUCACUAAGAACUGACAGUAACUUGAUGGCAUAUUAUUGGGUGCAUGAAUUGGAGCGUUUUCACUGCAUGUGAAUCUGUUCUUAUUCUACCCCUGUGGUGACUCCCUGCACAUUGACCUUUGUCUGUAUGGAUGGGUAGCUGAUGUAUGUUCAAUGCAUGGGUGCAUGUACUUUAUUCUAAAGAGUGUUCUCAGAACAGGUGCAGCCUUGUCCACUGCUAGCUGGAAGACAUGAGGCAUCUCCAAUUUCUCUUUCCCGUCUUCCUUCGUCUCGAGAAAGCCCAUGUAUUCUUUGGGGAGUUGCCAGAGAGAAUGCAUGUAUCAGAUCUGAAUUCUGUCCACACAAGUGAAAUUAUGACAGGAGCAGCAAGAGCAGCAAUCCAAAUUUCUCUAGUUUUUAUUUAAAGGUCAAUCAUAGACAAUUAUUUUUUUUUUUGCUUCAAGAUGAGUGAGGGAAAUGCUGUUUAAAAGUACUCCUCUGGUCUCAAGAGAUCCAAUAGUAAACACAUUUGUAAUAUAAUGAUUUAGGUUUAGAACAUUUCCAUGCUGUUCACUUGGGAUCCUUCAAAGAGACUGGUGCUGCUAUCUAGAUACCUGUUUCAAGAUGUUGACUGAAUUGAUUUCCAGGGUGAUACCUGGUGGUGGAAGAGGAGCCUCAGAACAGAUGGCUUUGGCCUGGCUUUAACCCUGAUUUUAAAUCACAGAUUAUCCACUUCCAUCCAAUGGGAAUGCUGUCAUAGUUUGUGGGAGAUACAGAAAGGUCUCUUUCUUAUGUGCAAUAAACUUUUUUGUGCAUCACUGCA